AUGCUUCCCGCUACGGUGCUUCCCGCUACGGUGCCUCUCGCUACGGUGCCUCCCGCUACGGUGCCUCCCGCUACGGUGCUUCACGCUACGGUGCCUCCCGCUACGGUGCCUCCCGGUACGGUGCUUCACGCUACGGUGCCUCCCGCUACGGUGCCUCGCUACGGUGCCUCCCGCUACGGUGCCUCCCGCUAUGGUGCUUCACGCUACGGUGCCUCCCGCUACGGUGCCUCCCGGUACGGUGCUUCACGCUACGGUGCCUCCCGCUACGGUGCUUCACGCUACGGUGCCUCCCACUACGGUGCCUCCCGCUACGGUGCAUCCCGCUACGGUGCCUCCCGCUACGGUGCCUCCCACUACGGUGCCUCCCGCUACGGUGCCUCCCGCUACGGUGCCUCCCGCUACGGUGCCUCCCGCUACGGUGCCUCCCGCUACGGUGCCUCCCACUACGGUGCCUCCCGCUACGGUGCCUCCCGCUACGGUGCCUCCCACUACGGUGCCUCCCGCUACGGUGCCUCCCGCUACGGUGCCUCCCACUACGGUGCCUCCCGCUACGGUGCCUCCCGCUACGGUGCCUCCCGCUACGGUGCCUCCCACUACGGUGCCUCCCGCUACGGUGCCUCCCGCUACGGUGCCUCCCACUACGGUGCCUCCCGCUACGGUGCCUCCCGCUACGGUGCCUCCCGCUACGGUGCCUCCCGCUACGGUGCCUCCCACUACGGUGCCUCCCGCUACGGUGCCUCCCGCUACGGUGCCUCCCGCUACGGUGCCUCCCGCUACGGUGCCUCCCGCUACGGUGCCUCCCGCUACGGUGCCUCACGCUACGGUGCCUCCCGCUACGGUGCCUCCCGCUACGGUGCCUCCCGCUACGGUGCCUCCCGCUACGGUGCCUCUCGCUACGGUGCUUCACGCUACGGUGCCUCCCGCUACGGUGCCUCCCGCUACGGUGCCUCUCGCUACGGUGCUUCACGCUACGGUGCCUCCCGCUACGGUGCCUCCCGCUACGGUGCCUCACGCUACGGUGCCUCCCGCUACGGUGCCUCCCGCUACGGUGCCUCCCGCUACGGUGCCUCACGCUACGGUGCCUCCCGCUACGGUGCCUCCCGCUACGGUGCCUCUCGCUACGGUGCCUCCCGCUACGGUGCCUCUCUCUACGGUGCUUCACGCUACGGUGCCUCCCACUACGGUGCCUCCCGCUACGGUGCCUCCCUGCCGCUCCACCACCGUACAUGUCUUGACGGCAGGAUUUAUGACAGCGCUCUUAUUAAACAUCAGUCUGGCUCUCACCGGCGCGUUCCCUGGCAUCAGUAUUGUGUAUUGUGUCGUAGGCAGGCUGUGGAACGUCUUAUUGUGGUGUAG